AUGAUUGCGCUUAAUGGGAGCCACGGCACUCCCUCCUCCUUCGUCCUGUUGGGGAUCCCUGGCCUUGAAGCCUUUUACUACUGGAUCUCCAUCCCGCUCUCAUCUAUGUAUGUUGUGACACUGCUGGGGAACAGCACCAUGUUGUACGUGAUCGCCACAGAGCAGAGGCUCCACAAGCCCAUGUACCUCUUCCUCUGCAUGCUGGCCACCAUAGACCUGGUCCUGUCCACCUCCACCCUACCCAAGAUGCUUUGCAUCGUCUGGUUCCGAGCUGGAGAAAUCAGUUCCAAAGCCUGCCUGGCCCAGAUGUUCUUCAUCCAUGCCUUCUCGGUCAUGGAGUCCAGCGUGCUGGUGGCCAUGGCCUUUGACCGUUAUGUGGCCAUUUGCAACCCCCUGAGGUAUGACACCAUCCUAACCAGCCCUCUGCUGACCAAGAUUGGCAUCGUGGUGGUCCUGAGAGGCACCCUCUUUAUUGUCCCCAUUGUCAUCUUAGCGGCACGCCUUUCCUACUGCAAAACCAACAUCAUUGCUCACACCUAUUGUGAGCAUAUGGCGGUAGUGAAGCUGGCUUGCUCAAGCAUCCUGGCCAACGUGGUCUAUGGGCUUCUGGUGGCACUGCUGGUGGUCGGGGCUGAUCUGCUGUUUAUCACCUUUUCCUACUGCAUGAUUACUAGGGCGGUCCUAGCCCUACCCUCACGAGAUGCCCGCUACAAAGCCUUCAGCACCUGUGCUGCUCACGUGGUGGUCAUCCUGGUGUCCUACACCCCGGCUCUCUUCACCAUCCUGACGCACAGAUUUGGCCAUCACGUGUUGCCUCACGUGCACAUUCUCCUGGCCAACUUCUAUCUCCUCUUUCCUCCCAUGCUGAACCCCAUUGUCUACGGAGUGAAGACCAAGGAGAUCCGAGACCAAGUGACGGAGCGGGCCUACCAGAAGCAGCCCACCAUCUUCCAGAACAAGAAGCGGGUCCUGCUGGGCGACGCCGGCAAGGAGAAGCUGCCCCGCUACUACAAGAACAUCGGCCUGGGCUUCAAGACCCCCAAGGAGGCCAUCGAGGGCACCUACAUCGACAAGAAGUGUCCCUUCACCGGCAACGUCUCCAUCCGGGGCCGCAUCCUCUCCG